UAAGGCCAUUCGUAACCCGACACCCGCCCCACGCGCUGGUUGUUUCUUGUUAUGCCUGUAAACUUUCUCCACGAGCUCAGUGAGCGAGCGAGCGAGCGGCGGGCCAUUGAUGUCGUGUCUGUCUCUGUGCCGUGACGGACCUCCUCCGGUGCCUCGACAUGAGCUAAAUCAUGUCUGAUUAACGGUUUAAUUUCGGUUCAUUUGGAGCAAGCGAGAGAUUAAUUAACACCCUUUGGAGAAAUGGAGGCUGUGAGUAAGUGGACCCCGCAACAAGUGGUGGACUGGAUGAGAGGUCUGGACGACAGCCUGCAGCCGUACAUCUCGUCCUUCCAGCAACAGCAGGUGGACGGGGAGAAGCUGCUCAGGAUGUCCCACCAGGAGCUGCUGUCUCUGGGCGUGUUGCGGGUCGGACACCAGGAGCUGGUGCUGGAGGCCGUGGAUCUGCUCUGCGCUCUGAACUACGGCGUGGAGUCGGACAACCUGAAGACUCUGGUGGGGAAGAUGAGAGCGGCUCACCACAACCUGAGCAGCGCAGUGACGCAGCGAAGGAAGAACCCGGCCUACCACAACAAAAUCUCCCAUCAGCCCUCCAAUGAAUUCCUGACCGCCGUGGUUGAGCUGAUUGGAGCGGCCAAGAGUCUGCUUGGCCAGCUGGACAGGACUCCUCUGACCAGCGGCAACAACUUCACCUCCACCAAAAGCAGAAUCAUCCAGCUGUGCUUGGAGCUCACCUCCACCGUCCAGAAGGACUGUACAGUUUAUGAGAUUGAGGAGAAGAUUCUGGAAGUGUCCCGAUCUCUGAACAGCAUAUGCGAAAAGACGGUCCAGGCGACCUCUGACCCUUUAAAGAGUGACAUGGCCUGUCUGGAGGAGGUGCACAUCACCAACAUCAAGCCUGGAGAAGGACUGGGUAUUUACAUCAAAUCCACUUACGACGGGCUUCACGUCAUCACAGGAACAACAGAGAAUUCCCGAUCUCUGAACAGCAUAUGCGAAAAGACGGUCCAGGCGACCUCUGACCCUUUAAAGAGUGACAUGGCCUGUCUGGAGGAGGUGCACAUCACCAACAUCAAGCCUGGAGAAGGACUGGGUAUUUACAUCAAAUCCACUUACGACGGGCUUCACGUCAUCACAGGAACAACAGAGAAUUCUCCUGCAGAUAAAACCCAGAGGAUUCACGCUGGAGAUGAAGUCGUUCAGGUCAACAAACAGACAGUGGUGGGCUGGCAGUUGAAGCACCUGGUGGAGAAGCUCAGGACGGAAUCUGGAGGCGUCGUCCUGAUAGUGAAGAAGAGGCCGCCUGGAACAUCCGGUGGCUUCGCACCCGCUCCGCUGAAAAACUUGCGCUGGAAACCGCCACGCAUACAGACCUCUCAGGAAGCUCCGCGUCUCUACAAAUCCCGACAGCCAGAAACCUCAGAUGUUCCUGGGCAUCGAGGGAAGACAGCCAUAUUGGAUUUGUACGUCCCUCCUCCCCCUGAAACACCUUACGUACCGCUAGACGCGAACAUGAACGUGUCUUCAGGUGUGAAAAUGAGGCCGAAGUCUCCGAAUUCCAGUCUGGACGCAGACGUGCGGCGACGCUCCACUUUUGCCGACGACAACAGGAUGUCUGUCAACCUCCCGCCUGAAGUCAACCAGCCAAUCCCUGUUUGCCUCAGACAGCGCUCCUCUACACGCUGCAAACCUCGACCCGUCUCCAUGCCGGUGGAGUCGUUUUCAGGUGUGUCGGACCCGUCCUCCAGGCGCGGGGCUCAGGGACGGAAAGGGCAGGACGUUCUGCACAGAUAUCUGAGUAACGAGGGAAUCAGCACCAUCACAGAGGAGGAGCCGUGUUACCCUCUGCCGUACCGAGGACACCCGUCUGUCCGCGGCGUCGACCACAUUAGAGGCAGUCAGUGCUUCAUCAACGCCGACCUGCACAACAGCGCCACCAUCCCUUACCAGGAAGCAGCGUCCAAAAAGCCUGCUGCCUCCACCUCCGCUGCCGUUUCUCCUCCUCUGGCUGUAACCAAACAGUCAACGUCGCUGCUCGGCGGCUGGCUGGCUCGUCUCAGGCUGCUCAGCCACUUGUCCUUUGGAGCCAGCCUGAAGUGGACAUUUGAUGAGCUGCUUUUUGUUCGAGGCUUCAUCUUUCAGCCCCGCAGGUCGACUGCAGCCAUGAGUCGGCGGCGGAUUUCAGUUAAGGACCUGGGCGAGUUGGACUGUCAGGGCUGGCUUCUUCGCAGGAAGGAGGGCCGCCUCUUCCUGGGAAGCAAAUGGAAGAAAUACUGGUUCGUCCUGAAGAAGAGUUCUCUGUACUGGUACACCGACGAGAUGGCCGAGAAAGCAGAAGGAUUCAUCAACCUGUCCGGCUUCACCAUUGAACAAGCCAAACAGUGCAGGAAGAAACAUGCCAUAACGGCCAGUCAUCCACUGGUUGUGACCAUUUUCGUUGCUGCAGGAAGCUUCACAGACAUGAAUAAGUGGAUCCGUAAACUGUCAGAAGCAGCCGAGCUGUGUGAAGUGAUCAACGCUGAAGAGUGCUACAGUGAGGGAAGCGAUCAGGACAGUGAUGAUGAGAGUGAGCCCACUUCCUCUACUCUGGACGCUGAACAGGAAGCCGCUGACUCUGACAAUGGAGACCUUCUUCAGCCUGUCUGUGAGUCGUCACCCUGCACCUCAGAUCCGCCCACUUCACCGACCGCUGGGAGCAGAAGUAGAAGAACCUCGGAGGGUGGGACUUUAUGUAGAAACAGAAGAAGACGACCGGCCUCAGAUGGCAGCGAACGCCUGACCUUGGUAAACCUUCCUGGGCCAGAUGGAGCUGCUACAGCAGUUUCUCUCCCUCUGCUCCGUGUCGAGAGAGAUAAAGAAGAGGAGGCCGUCCCAGAGAAGCCACCUGAUGAGAUGGAGUACCUCUACAAACACCUGAAGGCAGCCAGCUUGUCUCCGAUCGGACAGUCUAGGCAGAGGGACUUCAGAGCGUCGUUUAUCAGACGAUGUCGGAACGACAAAGUCAACGAAAAGCUCCACCUGCUAAGGAUCCUCAGCAGCACAUUAAAGGCCAAGGAGUUGGAGCUGCAGGCGGUGGAGCAGAUCCUGGCCGACCCGACUCUCACGGCACCCCAAUACAGGAAGUGGAGGCUCUCAAACCUCACCUUGUUGCAGGAGAUCAGUCAACGCAACCAGGCAGCAGGGGGCGCUGCAGAGCUGAGACCUCCUGAUGAGCCUCCUGUGAGCUGAGACUUGGACCACAUUCAUGCCAAAGAGGAUAAAUCUGAAAACGCUA